CAUAGCUACUCGUACAUAUGCUCACGCAGUAGCGCAGGAGGUGAGGGGGGCUUUAUGUGCGAUAAGAUAAGGCUCCCCUGUACUGUUGCAGUCCAGGCGCCCCAAAAGGGCAAGAAAUCUGGGAACCACCAGUCCUCACCAACCUGAAGUUUCCAUGCCUUCUGGCCCAGCCGCUCUUUUCCCUUCAUCUUUUCGGUCGUCUUUCUGCUUGUCAGGUCAGGAGUCUUCCUUGACACAGAAUCAACGCCGUGCGCACUUUGCUGGGAGCCCUUCUUUUUCCUCCCGUCCAUUCUCACCCCUCCUCAGGGUCUCUUCCUCUCUCCUCGGAUGCUGCUCCUCAGCAUCACCAUAAAUCAGUUCGAUCGCGCGCCACUGGAAUGAGGAGACUACCUCCCCGACUGCUGGCCUCGAUACCACACGCAAGCCCGCGGGGCGCUGUGCCCGUCUUACUAUCGUCUUCUAUCGCCAAACCCAGCCUUCAGAACCUAAGAGGGGGAUCACGACUACGAGUCAUUGCGGAAUGGCAAUGCCACCCUCAAUGGCAACAACAGCGUGCCGGCUUCUUUACGGGGCCGGUGUCGCUUCGUCCCGCCGACAAUGACACAACCCGCGCCAGUCCCUCUCCCACGAUCGCCCAGGAAUCCUCUACGGCGCCAACUACAACACUUCCUGAUCUUGAAGAACCUGGCCAUGACGAGCAGUCACCUGUUGGACUCCACGAGGACGGAAUCACCGAGGAAGAGCUCCCUAAGCUUCCCUUCCGCUUCGACACAGGCAUUGGUCUAUACGCAAAGCGACCGCCACGUCCUUUCCCACCACCAUUUCUCUCGCCACCUUCCGGUUCUUUCAGCGACCCUCUCAGUACACACGAUCGCAGCCGAGAUCGUCGCACCGCUUAUGUCAACGGAAAGCUGAUACGAGGUUAUACCAAUGGCGACGAUGCUGUAUUUGCUAGCAAAUACUUUGUCUGCGCGAACGACGGCGUGGGCGCAUGGAGUACACGACCCCGAGGGCAUGCUGGCCUCUGGUCCCGACUGAUAUUGCACUUUUGGGCCAGCGCCGUGUUCGAGGACGCCGUACGACAAGGCGACGCCUACCGUCCGGACCCGAUCGCAUAUCUGCAGCAAGCGUACGAACAAACAAUGGAAGCGACGGCAUCACCGAACGACUGGCAAGGCACGACGACGGUCGCGGGCGCACAGCUGCAUUACCGUCGCAAGCUGGGAGAACCCGGUCAGGAUGCUGCUGAGUCUGACAAGGGUUCCGCAAGUGGAGGUGCCACGAACCUGACAGAUGGGGAUCGGUCAUCUUAUCAGAGCGCCGAUAGCGCUGGCCACGCUAAAGAGCAGGGGGAGACUGAGAAACUGGACAACAGCGGACCAAGUGAUGUGGAGCCGCUCCUUUACGUCACCAACCUUGGCGACUCGCAGGUGAUGGUUGUGCGGCCGCCGACACGCGAAAUCGUCUACAAGUCGACCGAGCAGUGGCAUUGGUUCGAUUGUCCGCGUCAGCUGGGCACCAACAGUCCAGAUACCCCCCGUACGAUUGCGGUGGUGGACGAGGUACCAAUACAGGAGGGAGAUGUCGUACUAGCCAUGUCGGAUGGUGUUAUCGACAACCUUUGGUCGCAUGAGAUCUCGGAGAAGGUCUGUGAAUGCAUAGAGAAAUGGCGGGCAGGUGAAGUGAAAGUGAGCAAGAGCGCUCUACGGGGGACCGUGCUGGACAAUGAUGCUGGCAUGAUGGGAUUCGUGGCGGAGGAAUUGAUGGAAGCGGCAAAAGCCAUUGCUCUGGAUCCGUACGCGGAGAGUCCAUUUAUGGAACAUGCUAUUGAAGAAGGUCUUGCCAGUGAAGGCGCCGUCCAGCCGCUAGAGGCGCGCCGUGCCAGUAUAUUGCUGCCCAAUUGCUACUGUCGUUGCGCGCCCUCUGUUAGCAAUCGUUAG